UUCAGCUUCAUUUGCCAUAAAGGGCCGCACAUGCUUUGUUAAAGUGACGUCUAUUACAUUCCAUACAACACCAUUUCUAAGUGUAAAUGGCUGUCACUCCCUUUGCUCCAGCAUACAGUUCUCAUGUUUCUAAUCACAUGUUUGUGCCCUUUUUGUCACAGACACAUGUCCUUGUAUUUGAGCAUCUUAGAGUUGUGACCGACACUUUAUUUUUAAAAGUUAGGGCCACAAGGCUUACACGACUAGUAUCCUCCAUCUUGUUCGUCUGCAUUAGUAUCCAGACACCUGCUGGACUGUACCAUGUGCUGUUUAUUCGGUCCUUUUUUUUUGGUACCUUGUUAUUCCCGAUUUGCUCCCUUUUUUGUAAAAUGUCAUUUUAUGCUGGUUUCUUUGGAUCCUUUGUAAUAUUUUUUUUGUUUUUUUGCUUCAUUAUGAACAGUGAAACAAACCAAGACUCGCUGGGCCAGUUGCCGGGACCAAUUUCGGCGAGAGGUCUCCAGCAAGGGCCGUAGUGGAGAGGGUCCCUCCCGGAAGAGGCCAUACAUAUAUACUGCCCAGUUGCAGUUUCUCAGACCCGUAAUGGACUUGAGGCCUACUGUGGACAGUCUGGAACCCUCUGGGGAGUCGUCUUCUGAUGGAAGUGAAACCCCAGCUGCUUUUUCCCCUGCAAUUAGUCCGGAACCGACGCCAGCAGAGGAGCCGGAGGAGUCGUCACAGGGCCAGCACCAACAACAGCCCAGUCCAGCCCGUGUCAGGCAGCCGCACCGAAGACGCCCCCGCCAAGUCCCUCCCUCCACCUCUGUGCCAGAGAGUCGGGAGGUUAUUGACGCACGCGUCAUUGAUUUUCUGGCACAGAGGCGGAGUGACGGAGUGGAGGAGAAGAUGCUUCGCGGAUUGGCGCCCCUUCUGAAAAAAGUGCCGGAACCUGACCACAAUGCAUGCGUGGCUUCUAUUGCGGUGGUCAUGAAAAUGUUCGCCAUCCCAAAUCAUGGGGACAUCCUGGGCCGUUUGAACAACUGGAUGGUGGAUCUUGAAAAUGAGGGGCAACCCCAAGUGGCCGGCCAAUUUGGACGGGAAAGGCAACCAACUCAGGCGCCUUCUUUUGCCCCACACCCCCAGUACGGGCCACCCCAUGGCCAUUUGCAAGGGGCAUCACAGGCCAUUUUCCAGGGCAGUUUGCCCACUGUCCCACAACAGCAGGCUCAAGGAAGGCCACGGUCCUCCUUUCCGGCAGGGUCUUUCACCCAGGACCUCUUUGAGUUAUGA